AUGAAUCAACCAAAUAUACCGACUUAUCCACCGGGUACCUUGUUGACAGUUGGGUCGCAUUACUGUAAGAUUAUAAAGUACCUUACCAGUGGUGGAUUUGCACAAAUAUACACAACGGAAAUUAGCCCUAUAAAUCCCUACAACAAUUCCCAAACAGCAUGUCUUAAAAGGGUAAUAGUGCCUGAUAAAGCCGGAUUAAACACUCUGAGAGCAGAGGUUGAUGCUAUGAAAUUACUGAAAAACAAUAGACAUGUUGUCUCGUAUAUCGACUCACACGCAGCCAGAUCUACUGUACUAGCCGGCGCUUAUGAAGUAUUCUUAUUGAUGGAAUACUGCAAAGGUGGGGGAUUAAUUGAUUUUAUGAAUACCAGAUUACAAAAUAGAUUGACCGAAAAGGAAAUAUUAAAUAUAUUAUCUCAAACUGUUCAAGGUGUAAGUGCGAUGCAUGCCUUGCAACCGGCGUUAAUACAUCGUGAUAUUAAAAUUGAAAACGUAUUAAUAUCAGCCAAGGGAGAAUUUAAAAUUUGUGAUUUUGGAUCUGUUUGUAGUUAUAUUAGACCUCCAAGGAACCCACAGGAGCUAGCGUAUGUCCAGCAUGAUGUCCUAAAAAACACCACUGCACAAUACAGAGCUCCAGAGAUGCUUGAUCUCUAUAGAGGCUUGCCAAUUAAUGAAAAGUCUGAUAUCUGGGCACUAGGUGUAUUCCUUUACAAACUAUGUUAUUAUACUACCCCCUUUGAGAAAGGUGGUGAAGCUGCUAUUUUACAUUCGAGAUACCAGUACCCAGCUUUUCCAAUAUACACGGAUAAACUAAAGAAUCUAAUUCGUGCCACAUUAAUGGAAGAUCCGAGUAAAAGGCCAAAUAUUUGUCAAUUGUUGGAAGAAAUCUCUAGAAUCCAAGGUAUCCCUUGUCCAAUAAAUAACUUUUACUUAUCAAGAACAAUCAAUGUUCAAGCAUCUUUAAUGAAUCCAAUCAUCACGCCAACACAACAAACGGCAUUAAAACACUCGCAAUCAUCAGCAACAAUCUCAGAUCAAAGCUAUGCAGUUCCAUUGGCAUCGUCUAGAUCUUCUACUACAACUGGAAAUAAACCAAUUCUUAUUGAAACGGAAAUCCCAGAUAUGUCACAAGGUUCCGAUGAUGUCUAUUCCAGAAUCCAUCCGUUUCAGAAAUCACAAACUCUGCGUACACCUUCUAGAUCAUCAAGUCCCAUAAAGUAUACGGGAACCUUACUGCAAAAAAGUACUAGUUCGAAUUCGAACACAAGUGGAAAUAAAAGUCAUUACGUCGAUUCAGAGACACAGACUUUCAGCACAAGUUCUAGAAGACUAUCGAGAUCUUCCUCAGUCAGAUCUGCUUCAAGUCGUUCCAGUGAUCAACUAAAAGAGCAUAGAACUGGAGGGAGUAUUACACAAUUUUUUACCUCAACAUUGAAGAGAGUUGUGACAGGCGAAUCACGUAACACAUCUCCAAUCAGAUCUCGACAGAAUACUGGUGGCAGUAUUCGCUCUGCAUUUGACGCAUUAAGAAGCGGUAUUACUGGUAAUACUAAUAGUAGAGUCUCUUCUCUGGCUAGUUCAGUAAGAAAUGUAAGUUCCUCAAGUAAACAUUCCAAACAUUCGGAUGCUGAUGACGAGCCCAACAAAAUUAAGAUAAGAAUGAAAAAGGCACAUCGUCGCAGUGUACCUCCCAACCUUUAUUCCGAUUUUUAUGCAAAUGAAGACACACCCAAAUUGUAUAGUUCAAAUUCUCCUGUUAAAUUAAAAAGUCUUUCAACUCAAAGAGAAUCUAUUCAAAAUAGAGUUAAGGCAUUACUAGAAACUUUCGAGGAAGAACCGUCUACAAUAAAGACAGCAUCGGGAUAUGGCAAGUAUACCGAUUCUGAAUUUAUAACUAGUCCUGUACCAGAAAGAGGUGGAAGGAUACCCACACCAACCAAUAAAAGAUAUUCAAGUGUCAUUAUUAACCCCGUCACUGAACCAAUUUCUAUCCGCCCAUCCCCACCACCUAAGCCUAAGCAUCUAAGACCAAUACCACCUCCAAAACCGACACGCUUAUCGAAAAUAUAUCCAGACGAAAGAAUUAGCAGUACUGCCACCGAAAGGAUUGUUAAUUUAGACGUCGAGAGCUUGGAAAAGGAUUUCAAAAGACGCUUUCCAAGCCGCAUUUAG